GCUUUACAUGGUGCUGCAGGUAGAAAACAUUGAAAGGUCUCUGAAGCCUACUCAAAUCUAUAACAUCAUCGUACUCACUUCCGCUUCCAACAUCGAUCAAUCAUGUUCGUCUCUCUAAGAAACGGACCCUUCAUCGCUUCGCCACAAAAAACCAGCCAAAGUAUUUCCAUUAUCAGACCCAAAACACCCAUUAUUUCUUUACCACCAAAGCUCACAAAUUUACUCCCGGUAGCAGUUGUUUUUAGAAAUUCCGACCAUUUUCUCGUCUCUCCGUUGAAACCCAGAUGGGAAAACUCGUCAUAUACUGUAUUCAGAAAGUUACCUGUUAUCAGAGCUGUUGAUGGAAAUUCUGAACUUUCACCGGUCGGUCCAGCAAAACCCAAAUGGGAAAACUUUUUAGCCACUGCAGCAAGUUUGUACCCCGUCUACGUGAUUUUUGGAUGGUUUGUUGCUUGCUUUAAGCCAUCUGCUUUUGCAUGGUUUGUGAAUAGGGGGCCAGCUUCAUAUAGCUUGUCUCUUGGGUUGAUUAUGUUGGCAAUGGGUAUCACUUUGGAUUUCGAGGACUUGAUUCGUCUGUUCUUGAAAAGGCCCCUUUCAAUAUUAUUUGGUUGUGUUGCUCAGUAUACAAUCAUGCCAUCAUUUGCAUUUAUUAUUAGCAAAAUUCUGGGGCUUCCACCUUCUCUUUCAGCUGGCUUGAUACUGCUUGGUUGUUGCCCUGGAGGGACCGCGUCCAAUGUGGUGACCUUAAUUGCUCGAGGGGAUGUUCCUUUGUCUAUUGUCAUGACAUCAUGCACUACUCUUGGAGCAGUACUUCUCACUCCUUUUUUGACGAAGAUACUAGCCGGAACUUAUGUUGCUGUAGAUGCUAUUCAACUCUCUAUCAGCACCCUGCAGGUGGUGGUUGCACCUACUCUGUUGGGUUCUUAUGUUAAGAGUGCGUUUCCUGCAGUGGUGAAAAUUGUGAUGCCUUUUGCUCCACUUUUUGCUGUUUUGGCUUCAUCACUGCUCGCUUGCAGUGUAUUUUCUGAAAACUUUGUCCGGCUCAAGUCAAUGGUUGGUGCAUCGGUGGCCUCUGAUCUUUCUCCACUGCAGCGUGCUUUAAUUCUAUUUUCUGGCGAACUCGGGGUUGUAAUGCUUUCUGUGGCAUUACUACAUUAUGCUGGUUUUUUGGUUGGGUAUAUUUCAGCAGCUAUUUGUGGGUUUAAAGAAACAGAGCGAAGAGCAAUAUCAAUUGAGGUUGGCAUGCAAAAUUCUUCGUUAGGCGUGGUUUUGGCAGCGGCACAUUUCCCCUCACCAAUGGUUGCUGUACCCCCAGCAAUCUCUGCCGUGGUUAUGAAUGUGAUGGGUAGCAGUUUGGGAGUCCUUUGGAGAUGCAAGGAUCCUUUGGAUUCAGAGAAGAGUACAAAAACUAAAAGCGACAACUUGUGACGAAUGAGACCCCCUUUUAAGUUUCCUAAUUAUCAGAUAAGUAUGUUUAGGUAGUGCUCCAUGAAUCAAGUAAGGUAGUAGUCUAGUUAAACAUAUGAUGAAAGUUUACUGUAAGCCAGAUAUAUUAGCUGAUAAUACUUGCAGCCGCUUGAUGAAUGCCAAAUCAAUCGCUUCUAA